AUGCCUUUGGAUUCCUUUCGUCAAGAACGAUUCCGAACGAUCACCUCUUCUUACUAUCGUGGUGCCCAUGGGAUCAUUGUGGUUUACGACGUCACCGACCAGGACACCUUUACCAAUGUGAAACAAUGGCUUCAGGAAAUCGAUCGCUAUGCCUGCGAAGGUGUCAAUAAAUUAUUGGUAGGAAAUAAGAGUGAUUUGCAGAACAAGAAGGUCGUGGAAUACACAGUUGCAAAGGAAUUUGCCGAUCAAUUGAAUAUUCCCUUCUUGGAAACAUCGGCUAAGAAUGCAACGAACGUUGAACAAGCCUUCUUGACAAUGGCCAAGCAAAUUAAAGACAGGAUGGGCACAACAACUGUUUCCCCUGGAACCACCACUCAAACUCUUAAAGUUGGUCCAGGCACAUCAGUACCUCAACCAUCUAGUGGAGGAUGUUGUUAG